AUGGCGACUGCAGAGAGCGCGGUGUCGCUGGAGCUCGCGGCGUCCGAAGUUGUCGCUCAAGUCCUCGCCGACGUCGUCGCUGACGUCAUCGCCAACGACGCGGUCUGCGACCUCGUCGUCCCCUCGUCGCCGUCCGAGGCCCUGCGCAUCGAUGUGCCUCUGCACGACGAAAGUGUCGAGAACGUUCCGCCGGACGCCGUCGCGCUCACGAUCGAUCCGUCGGUCGCUGACGGGUUCGCGCCCAACGCCAUGUCCCCGACGGGCGACCCGCAGCUCGGCGGGUACCCGCCCGACUGCGGCACCAAGCACUACAAGUACUUAUCGUUUGCCAAGUGCCGGCGCGACCGCGGACUCACGCACCCCAUGUGCUACUCGUCGACGCUCGUCGACAAGAUGAACCACCCGGUGCCCGUGAUGUACCCGGUCUGCGGCACGGACUUUGGCGCGCACGCGUUCCACAAACUCCCGACCGACUCGAUGGUCUUGAGCAAGUACGGCCUCGGCAUCGCGCUCUACUUCAAGUUUCUCAAAGUCAUGGCCUGGGUCUUCCUCGUCAUGUUCCUUCUGAGCGUGCCGGCGAUGGCCAUCUUUGUCAUCGGCGGCAGCAGCAACAUCGACGCCGUCACGCUCAAGAUCCAGAAGAACCCGAUCUCGGUCCUCGGCAUGACGAGCAUGGGCAACCUCGGCCAGCAAACAACCACGUGCGGCCACGCCAAGGUCGGCGCGGCCCUCACGCUCACGUGCGACUAUGGCGAAAUCGGCAGCCUCGUCGCCUCGUACUCGAGCUACGACGACCAAGGAACGUGCGCGUGCCCCUCGCAGUACGCGCCCAACGACCAAGGCACGUGUCAGUCGAGCCCCGUGGACGUGAACGGCGUCUCGACCUGCUUGGCGUCGGGCCACGGCUGCUACGCGGGCAGCUACCCGUCCAUCAACACGCCUUGCUGCGCGUUCGAGAAGAAUGCGGAUGACAGCGCGAACUUCUCGGCGCUCGAAGUGCGCAGCGUGGCCGGCUGCAGCGGCCCCUUGGCGCAGUCGAUCGUGCAAGGCCUCUGCCUCGGCCAAACGUCGUGCACGUUCAACGUCACCGAGUCGAGCGACUAUCUCUGGAAGGCCGACAGCACGUGGAACACGACGUGUCCGCCCGGUAGCAACUCGAGCAUCUUUUGCAGCGCGGCGCUCCCGGCGGGCGGCAACUUUUCGGCGUGUCCGUCCCCUUCGACGCGCGGGCUCCUCGUUGUCGCCCAAUGCUUUACGACGCAAAUUGACAUUUCAACCUCGUGGGCGUUCCGCAUCAUGGGCUGGGAUGCAAUCACGCGCCCCAACUUUCUCAAGAUGGCGGUCGGUCUCGACGUCAUCGCCUGCGCCGUCUUUCUCCUCAUCGUGGUCUGGAUGAAGCGACAAGAGGCGAAUGCGAUGGCGCGCAUCGAGCACGAGCGCACGACGGUGCAGAAUUACACGGUGCAACUGCUGCAUGUGCCGAAACACACGGACGUCCGCAAGCUCGGCAAUGACCUCGCGACGCACCUGGAGACGGUCCUCAAUGCCAAAGAGCCCGUGUACAAUCCGAUUCCGGUCAAGGUCGCCGAUGUACACUUUGGCUUGACGAACGCCGUCCAAAUCGCCGUCAUGCGCAAGCGGGGCAAGGUGGCGGCGCGGCUCUUUCUCGAGAACCAGCGCAUCGCCAAGUUCAAGGCGCUGCAGGACAAGCUCAAGCCGCACAUCUUUGAGAAGCGGCUCGGGAAGCUGCUGAAGGCGUCCCGCACCAUGGACGAGAAACUCCAGAAGCACGACGAGUGGCUCGACGAAUGGGAAGCGGCACAGAAAGGGAAAGGGCUUGUCGCGGUCACGGCGUUCAUCACGUUUGAGGACGAAGAGGGCUACCUCCGCUGUCUGCGCGAGUACCCCAGUCUCGGCUUCUUGCACCGCCUUUUCCAGCCGUACCACAAACGCUUCAUGAAGAAACGCAUGCGCAUCGAGCCCGCGCCAGACCCGACCGAUAUCAUCUGGGAGAACCUCGACUACUCGUGGGCGGCGCGCCUGCUGCGUAUGAUCGGCGUCAACAUUGCCGCGCUCUUGCUCUUGCUGCUAAGCUUUCUCAUCAUUUACCUCGCAAAGACCAAGAAGAACGAGCUCACGGCCAAGUUUGCGACGCCGCUCGCGUGCCCCGCCAACGUGACGAAGUGGGACGUCAUCCAGGAGCAGACCGCGUCGUCGUCGCCCGCGACAGCCAUGGUCAUGUGCUACUGCAAGGCCGCCCUUCUCUCCACCGCGUCGUUGCCAGCGACCAUGGACUUGGAGUUUUACGACCCCGCGACCGCGACGUCGGCCAAGUACUGCAGAACGUGGGGCAGCGAAUACUUGACGAUCCAAGCGCUCAUGGUGGGGUCCGUCGUCGUCGUCGUCGUUGUCAACGCCCUCCUGACGCCCGUGCUGCAGUACCUCGUGCGGCUUCAGAGAAGCCAUACCCUCUCCGCCGUCAUCGUCUCGACCGUGCGCAAGAUUUUUCUCGCCCAGUUCUUCAACACGACGCUCAUCGUGCUCUUCCUCAACGCCAACCUCAGCGGGAUCUCGACCACGUCGAAUACUGGGUUUCACUUUGCCAGCUUGUCGCUCUUGAACGGCAAGUACGCCGACUUUAGCGUCGACUGGUACAACGACGUCGGCGUCGCGCUGCUGCUGACGAUGAUCAUCAACGCGGUCUCGCCGCAAAUCGGCGUCUUCGCCACGUUCCUUUUUCGGCAGAUUGCUCAGUGGCGCGACCGCAGCUUCACGUUCGACUUUACACGAACGCGGCAAGAGACGCAGCGCGACCUCGAGGCGCUCUACCGCGGCCCCGAGUUCGACCUCGCGACGCGCUACUCUCAGAUCAUCAACACGAUCUUCAUCACGCUCCUCUUUUCGUCGGGCAUGCCGCUCAUGCUGCUCAUCGGGCUCCUCAGCAUCAUCAUCACGUACUGGACCGACAAGUUUACCUUUCUGCGCGUCGUGCGGUCGCCGCCCCAGUACGACGGCCGGAUCGCGACCGUCGUGGGCUCGAUGCUACCGUACGCGAUCUUGCUGCACAUGCUCUUUGGCAUCUGGAUGUACUCGAACACCGACAUCUUCCAGUCGCCGGCCACCGAGCUCACGCUCCAUGGCUACAACCUCAACGCCGUUUUCGACAAGGGCGGCAAGAUCGUGACCCGCGCGACGGCGAUGCCCGCGGCGGUGCUCUUUGCUGCGGCCGUGGCCGGUGUGGCCGUCGUGCUUGUGCGGCUCGUUGUGUUUCAUUACCUCGGCGGCGCGCUGCGCUCGAUGUUUCCCAUGUGCACACGCAUGCUCCGAGAGGCCAAGCCGCCACGGCGCCUCCCAAACUACUUUGACGCGCUUCCGCUGCACGUCCUCUCAGAAGGCUUGGCGUCGACGAGCCUCAGGCCGUCGCUCAAGGCUGCGUACGCGGCUGCAAUUUCCCGCCGCAGCACCGAGGUGAAAGCGUCGUUGCAGCUCAGCGGGUGCCACUCGUACGACAUUCUGCACAACCCGAGUUACAAGGAGGCGUUCGGCGGCGGCGCGUUUGCGCGGCAGCUGCUCAAGUAGUCUAAAUGUGUACAUUCUCGUCCGUACACAUGUCUCAGAGACAUCCAAACUGCGUAAUAAUGUCUGCUGCAUCCAC